AUCUGGCGGCGCGGGCAAAAUGGCGGCGCCCAGGCUGAGGCGUGUUUAGCGGGCUCGGCUUGUCCCUCAAGUGGCCGCCUCGGAUGCCGGCAUGUCGCGGCUGAUUGUGAAGAAUCUGCCCAACGGGAUCAAGGAAGAACGCUUUCGCCACCUCUUCGCCGCCUUUGGCACGCUGACCGAUUGCUGCUUGAAAUUCACCAAGGAUGGCAAAUUCCGCAAAUUUGGAUUUAUUGGCUUUCAGUCAGAAGAAGACGCCAAAACUGCCCAGUCUCAUUUCAACAAAAGCUUCAUAGACACAUCCAGAGUCACGGUUGAAGUAUGUAAGUCUUUUGGGGAUCCAUCAAAGUCUAAAGCUUGGAGUAAACAUUCGAGUAAGCCUCAACUGUUAAAGGAAACCUCUAAAAAAUCCACAAAGAAUUCAGACCAUGCAGAAAUAAAACAAGAUGGAACAAAGAAGAAAAACAAAACGGGACAAUUGAAAGAGUUGGAAGGAGAAGCAGCAUUUCAAGACUUCUUGGCAGUACAUCAGAAAAGGUCCCAGGUUGCAACUUGGUCCAAUGACACAAAAAUCCAAGACCCCCACCAGGCUGAGGUGGUUGAAGAUUAUCUGAACUUUGAUUCCGAUGAGGACUCGAGCGAGGAGAUGGAUGCGGAGGUUGCUCCAAAGAAGGGAGAAAGCUCUCCGAGUAAGGCAGCAAUCGAGCAAGAACUCUCCGAUAUGGAUUAUCUGCGAUCCAAAGUGGUGAAGGGGGACGAAUCCUCGCCUUCGUCGGCAGAGGAGAGCGAGGCCGAGGAGACGGACAGCGAGGCAUCUGAUGGAGGAGAGGAAGGAGAGACGGAAGGGAAGACCAGCCACCAGCCAGGCGCUGCUUCUAACACGAAGACCAAGCAGACUGGGAAGGAGAGAGUCCAGAAUCUCUCUGCAGACACCAAGGCUACAAAAAUGACACCGCAGGAAGACAGAACAGUUCCAGCCAAGGAGCCCACCACAGCAUUCACGGUGAAGAUGCGAGGUGCCCCAUUCAAUGUCACGGAGCAAAACGUGAAAGAGUUUUUUGUGCCCCUUCGGCCCCUGGCGAUCCGGAUUGUGAGGAACGCGCAUGGGAACAAGACAGGGUAUGUAUUUGUUGAUUUUAACACUGAGGAAGAACUACAGAAAGCCUUAAAAAGGAACCGAGAAUACAUGGGCGGUCGGUAUAUUGAGCUGUUUCCAGAAGAGCGGGGCGCUCAGGCGAAGCCCCCUGAGAAGGGGUCAGGCCAGGUCUGGCAGAGGGCCAAAAAGGAUGACGAGGAAGAAGAGGAUCUUUCGGAAUCAGGAAGGCUUUUUGUGCGGAAUCUGCCUUACACCUGCACCGAAGAAGAACUGGAGGCCACCUUUUCCAAAUACGGCCCUGUCUCCGAGAUCCACUUCCCCAUGGACGGUCUCACCAAGAGGCCCAAAGGCUUUGCGUUUGUCACCUACAUGUUUCCUGAGCAUGCCGUGAAGGCCUUUGCAGAAGUGGAUGGACAGGUUUUCCAGGGCCGAAUGCUGCAUGUCUUGCCUUCCACCAUCAAGAAGGAAGAAGCGGAGAGUUCAGAUCCUGCCGGAUCGUCUUCGUACAAGAAGCAAAAAGCUUCAAAAGAUAAAGCAAACAGCUUGAGCUCUCACAACUGGAACACCCUGUUCAUGGGGACAAAUGCCGUGGCAGACGCGGUGGCACAGAAAUACAACGCCACUAAAAGUCAAGUGCUGGAUCACGAAGGCAAGGGAAGCGUGGCCGUGAGGGUGGCGCUUGGGGAAACCGAGCUUGUUCAAAACGUGCGCCGGUUCCUGCUUGAAAACGGAGUCAGUCUGGAUUCCUUCAGCCAGGCUGCCAGAGAGCGGAGCAAGAUGGUGAUUUUGGUGAAGAACUUGCCUGCUGCCACAAAGGCAGAGCAGCUGGAGGAGGUGUUCCAGCCGUUUGGUAGCCUCGGGCGGGUCCUGCUCCCGAAAGGAGGCGUGACCGCCAUCGUGGAGUUCCUGGAACCCACAGAAGCCAAAAAGGCCUUUACCAAGUUAGCUUACUCCAAGUUCCAGCAUAUCCCUCUCUACCUCGAAUGGGCACCCACGGGGGUCUUUUCUGGUCCCGGGAAGAAAACACCAGAGGUGGAAGAGCAAAAGGAAGGCGACGAACAAACCCAGAGAGGAGUUUCUGAAAAAAGUGAUGCUCAGAAGGAAAUGGAGGAGGAAGAGGAGGAGGAGGAAGAAGAAGAAGGAAGUCUUCCAGGCUGUACCAUUUUCAUAAAAAACCUCAACUUCAGCACGACAGAGGAUACGCUGAAAGAGGUUUUUUCCAAAGCUGGCGUUGUGCGGAGUUGCACGGUCUCAAAGAAGAAAGAUAAAGCCGGCAAUCUUCUCUCCAUGGGGUUUGGAUUUGUGGAGUACAAGAAGCCAGAAUAUGCCCAGAAAGCUAUCAAGCAACUACAGGCUUGUUCUGUGGACGGCCAUCAGCUGGAGGUGAAAAUCUCUGAAAGAGCCACCAAGUCCACGGUGGCAACCGCACGUAAGAAGCAAGUCAGCAAGAAGCAAGUGAAUUCCAAGAUUUUGGUGCGGAAUAUCCCCUUCCAGGCCACGGUGAAAGAGAUCCGAGAACUUUUCAGUUUUGUAUCUCAUUUUCGCAUUAUCAUCAAGUCCCCCUCCCCGGACCCCCUUUUCAAGGGCUAUUUUGACAGCUUCUGUCGGCUGCCUGCCAUCACCUCCUUAUUGGCUGCGGGCACCUCUGGCAUCGUGCUGAACGCAAUUAGAAUCUGA